GUCGCACUGAGCAUGCCCAGUAGCACAGUCGACCGGAGGAGUUUUUUUUUUUUUUUCUUUUUUUUUUUCUUCUUUUUUCCUCUCUUUCUUCUUCUUUUUCUUUUUCUGGCUCUCCAGUAGGAGGCCUGUCCCCCACCCUCCGCUCAGACCCCGGUCAUCCCCGGACCUGAGCAGCUAACCAUGGCCGAGGUGCACGGCGCCGCGUUGUCCCAGGCGGGUUGGUAUCUUUCAGAUGAAGGUAUUGAAGCGUGUACAAGUUCUCCUGGCAAAGUUAAUAUAAAUGACAUCAUCCUGAUUGCUCUCAAUACAGAUUUGAGAACAAUUGGCAAGAAGUUCCUUCCCAGUGACAUCAACGGUGGAAAGGUAGAAAAGCUUGAAGGUCCAUGUGUAUUACAAAUUCAGAAGGUCCGCAAUGUCGCUGCACCAAAGGACAAUGAGGAGUCGCAGGCUGCACCAAGGAUGCUUCGUUUGCAGAUGACUGAUGGGCAUACCAGUUGUACGGCAGUAGAGUUCAGUUAUAUUUCAAAGAUCAGUCUGAACACCCCGCCUGGCACGAAAGUGAGGCUCUCGGGCGUCGUUGACGUAAAGAAUGGAUUCCUGCUCCUGACUGACUCUAACACGACAGUUCUUGGUGGUGAGGUGGAACAUCUGAUUGACAAGUGGGAGUUACAGAGAAGCUUAUCAAAACAUAAUAGAAGCAAUAUUGGAACUGAAGGUGGCCCACCUCCUUUUCUGCCUUUUGGACAGAAGUGUGCAUCUAAUGUCCAGGUGGAUAGCAGAGAACUUGAUCGAAGAAAGACGUUGCAAGUUUCAAUGCCCGUCAAGCCUACAAAUGAUAAUGAUGAAUUUGAAAAGCAAAGAACAGCUGCAAUUGCAGAGGUCGCAAAGAGCAAAGAAACCAAGACGUUUGGAGGAGGUGGAGGUGGUGCCAGAAGUAAUCUCAAUAUGGGUGCUGUCAGUCACCGAAAUAGGGAAGUUUUACCGAAGGAAAGGCCUUCCAAAUCAGAGAGCAAACAUGAAGGUGUCUAUAGAGAGCUGGUAGAUGAGAAAGCUCUGAAGCACAUAACAGAAAUGGGCUUCAGUAAGGAAGCAUCGAGGCAAGCACUUAUGGAUAAUGCCAACAACUUAGAAGCAGCAUUGAAUGUACUCCUAAACAGCAAUAAACAGAAACCCGUUGUGGGUCCACCUCCUAGAGGUAGAGGGAAAGGCAGGGGUCGCUCACGAUCUGAAGAUGAAGAGGACCUAGGAAACGCAAGGCCAUCAGCACCAAGCACAUUAUUUGAUUUCUUGGAAUCUAAAAUGGGAACUUUGAAUGUGGAAGAACAAAAGUCACAACCACAGCACCUUCAUCAAGGACAGCACAGAGUGUCAAAUGCUGAACAAAAUGGGAUAAAAGAUAGCAAUCAAUCAAAACAUCUUCCUCGAAACGAUACCAGGCAGCCGAGAAAUGAGAAACCUCCUCGUUUUCAAAGAGACACCCCCAAUUCGAAGUCAGCCUUAGAAAGCAGUGUAUUAUCUAGAAACAGAGGCUCUGAAAGACCGGGUGGUUCUUCUGGUCCUGAAGUGUGGGCAGAAGAGAGGAUCAAGUGCGAUAGGCCAUAUUAUAGAUAUGACAGAACUAAAGACACUUCAUAUCCGUUAAGUUCUCAGCACAAUGAUGGCGCUUUUAGAAAAAGAGAUAACUCUAUGCAGAACAGAUCAGGAAGAGGUCCAUUGUAUACAGAGGCAAAAGAAAACCCACUUCCUCAAGAAUUCAUAGACUAUAAUAAUCAAAAACGUGGGAAAAGAGAAAACCAAACAGGUAAUCCUGAUCAUUUUUAUGACAGGAAAUCACGGACAAUGAAUAAUGAAGCUUUUAGUGGUCUAAAAAUUGAAAAACAUUUUAGUGUAAAUACUGAUUACCAAAAUCCUGUUCGAAGUAAUAGUUUUGUUGCUGUUCCAAAUGGAGAGACAGAAAUGCCACUGAAAGGAAGACGCGUAGGACCAAUUAAGCCAACAGGACCUGUCACAACUGUGUCCUAUGAUGAUAAAGUAUUUUAUAAUAGUGGGCCUAAAAGAAGAUCUGGGCCAAUUAAGCCUGAGAAGGUGAUAGAAUCAUCUAUUCCUGUGGAGUAUGCAAAGAUGUGGAAACCUGGAGAUGAGUGUUUUGCACUUUAUUGGGAAGACAACAAGUUUUACCGAGCAGAAGUUGAAGCCCUCCAUUCUUCCGGCAUGACAGCGGUUGUUAAGUUCACUGACUACGGCAACUAUGAAGAGGUGCUGCUGAGCAAUAUCAAGCCCAUUCAAACAGAGGCGUGGGAAGAAGAAGGCACCUAUGACCACACCAUUGAGUUCCGUCGAGGAGGUGAUGGCCAGCCACGACGAUCCACUCGGCCAACACAGCAGUUUUACCAACCUCCUCGGGCUCGGAACUAAUGUGAAAAGAUUUUUUUUUCGCGAAGGAAGAAGCUGCUGACUGAAACAUCCUGGAAGCCCAUUCAUAAAUAUUUUUUUUUCACUUCAGAACAAGAGCCACCAUGCUGGAUAUGAUACUUAGAGAAUUAAGAGCAAUUUUUAGGGAAGAUUCAACAUACACCAAGCAAGGGGGCAAAUACCAAGUUUAAUACAGCAAAUAUCUUUAUAAUUGGA